AUGCCUCCCGCCCAUCUCGAGCCGGAUGACAUGAUAACACUUGGCCAGCAGUGCAUCAGCCUAGAUAUUAGACUCGAGGUUCACCGCUUCUGUGACAAGCUCCAAGAGCUAGCUGCGACUGGAGAGCCAGCUAUAAUGGUCAUAACGAAGUUCUUCAUACUAUUCACCGGGAAGCUAUACACGAUGGCUAUUGAGCAAAGCACGACCCCAAUACCAACGAAUCUGCAGAACAAAUGGACUGAGCGUACCGGCUGCGGCUGCGAGAUGUGUCUGCAGCUCGAUUUUUCCUCGGCAAUCCCUCACAAGAAGAGUUAUCGAUCUCUUAUCGACCGAGGCAUCGACCAAGGUAUCGAUCAAGGCAUCGGCCAACCUUUCUGGAAAGAAAACGAGCCCGAGAAUGAAACACAGGUCGAACCCGGUUUCACGCUCAAGAUUCGCAAGACGGUGAGGGCAUGGUCGCACGCCCUAAAGGUAUGGGAGCAAGACCGAGACGUAACUCAGCCGAAGUUUGACAAGGCAACCGACGAUGAGGGACUGAGGGACGGCUUGAGAGUGUGCCUCGACCGACUCGGUGAGGACGAGUGUGGAUUAUCCGUUUAG